AGGGACAAUCUAACGAGGGAGAAAAAGUGAAAGAAAAACUUUACGUGUGUUUCGAGCGAGUGCAUUUUUGUGCAAAAUAAGCGCAUUUUCAGGGCUUGAAUGCAGUGGAAAAGGUGAAAAAUGGCAUCAAUGGUUGACGCUAGUGGUGAACGUGAAGAGGGAGAAAUUGUUGAGAACACCGAAUACGAGGAUAUUUCGUCCGAUGAGGAAUUUUCCCUGCGUCUCCGGAUUGAGGAGCUCGAAGCGAGAAAUUUUGAAUUGGAACAAAUUGCAAAUAUCUCGGGAUUUGCAACUGAUCCCUAUGAUUUGAAUGCAGGAAAGGGUGCAGAUCACGUGGGCAAGGAGAAUCUCCAGAAGCAUCGAAGUCGCUCAAAUGAGGAACUCAGGACCCCCCGGAGGACGCAUCGGACAGCAAUGCGGAGCAUACGGACGCAUCCGGUGUCAAAGAGGAAGCGCGACAAGUCGCAAAAGUCAACGAAGCGACGCAAAAAGCGUCGUCCAUCGGUGUCAAGUAGUGACAGUGGGAGUUUCUUGGAUCGCGAACAACUGGAUAGGGCACUAAAUCGUUCCGUGGACUCGAGUAAUGAUGUCAUUGAGAUCCCCGUGGAGAUUCCCGUGAUAACCAUUGAUGAUGAUGACAAUGAUGAGGAUGAGGAUGUGCUGAAGCUGCGCCUGGAAGCACUUCAGUCAAAGCAGGAGAUUAAGGAUGUUCUGCCGGAGGUGAUUGCAACGCAGACAACGCCUGUGGAGCCGGAUGAGCAGGAGCUACGUUUGAUUGCCCUCAAAUCAGCCGUGGUGAAUAAGCACGAAGCACGGAAGAAGCGUCGUGCCCAGGAGUGUCCGUAUUCACCCACAGAUGACCUAGAAUGCCUUCCUGUUGAAUCACCGGCUGUGGUGAAGGUGGAUGAUUGCAGUAUGGAUAUAAGUCCAUUGGAAUCUCCCGUGAUUAUCUUGGAUAACUCCUGUGUGGAGGUUGACAUGGAGAUUUCCAGUGAUACACAGGAAAUUCCUCCACAAAAGAUUCAGCCACCUGCCGGCAAUGCAAUCCCGGAAUUCAUUGUGCCAGAUGUUGGGGAGUCUGAGGAUGAAAUGACCCUUCGGAAUCUUCUUUUGUCCGAAAUGAAGAAACCCCCGGAAGAUCCAGAAUCUCCGGCGGAUGGGAAUCUGGAGGAGGAUUGCCUCAGGAGCCUUCUGUUGUCAUCAAUAAAGAAACCAAAAACCCCACCAGCUAUCUCCGAUGGGGAAGAACCCAUCAAAGCUGAUGCACUGCAGCCAAAGGGUGAUGCUGAAAAACAACCCAAAGAUGCACCAGAAAAAAAACUUCCGGAAGCCCCCAAAAAGUCAGAAAAUGUGCCAUUGGAGAAGAUUGAAAAGACUACGGGGAGACGAUCAGCUCUCGUGACGGAUUUCCCGGCAUUUAAAGUCACCCCGUUGAUCAUUAAAUUGGGGGAAAGUGAGUCCGAAGCGGAAGAAUUGGGUGAAGGUGAAGGAGAUGGGAAAGAUUUUGAUGUGGACAACAAAAGCCCAUCAAGUCUAGUCAUGGAGAGUCCAUGUGAUUCCCCUGCUAGUCCAGCUGCUGCAGCACCUCCUACAGCAGCAGCAGCAACGCAAAAUGAAGAAGAAGCAACAGCAGCAGCAGCUCCAGGGCAUGUCUUCCAAGAUAAACUUGAUCUCUUCUUAAAGCAAGCACGGAGUAAUGUGGAGAAGAAUAGUCCUCCGCAGAAGACAAAGCCAGCAAAGCUUCCCAAGACGCCAUUAGCUCUCUCGCACCUGCCAAUGUCAUCGCAAUUGGAAUAUCGACGCUUAGUGGCACGAAUGAAUUUACUUGAGAAGCAAAAGAAGCGACAACUUCAGCAAAAAACUCUUCCAGCCACAAAGAAAGUCUGCCAAGAGGCAGUUGCAAGUGGAAAUGAUUCAGACAAGACUGUCCUGAAGACGUCCAAUAACAUUAAAGUAAUUGUGCAGACUGAAAGCACCACAGAUGGGGUGACAAAUAAUAAUGAUUCAGGGGAUAUGACGGUGAUGGUGCGGAAGGAUGAACCACUGCGGAAGAAAGUUCUCAUGAAGAGUGCAACAUCUGCAGUUGCGGGAAUGAAGAAUGGUCUCAAAUCACCGGUUAAGGUGGGAAAGAAGAAACCCCCGCCGGCUCCUAAAUUAACUGGAAGUCCACCAAAGGUGCCAAAGGAAGAGGAGCUCCUUGAGAAAUUCCUAAAAAAGGUUGCAAAGCUCUCGGAGGAGAAGAAGAAGAAAACUCUGGAACUCUAUGAGAAUCAUUUUGCAGCAACAAGUUCAACAUUCCUCGAGGGGCUCGAUGAUCUCCUUGUGAUGGUAAAGAAUAUACAGGCGGAGAAAAUUGAGCAGUAUCGCCUUCAGGAUGAGCUGAUGCGCCUUCAGAAGCAAAUGCGUGCCACAGAGGAGGCUCUUGCCCAGAAAAAGGGAAUUAUCCAGAAGUUGACGCCAAAGAUGACGUCGCAGCACAAAGAUAUACUCAAGCAUCGCAAUAAAUGCGUCACAUUGAAUAAAAUGUGCCUCAAAUUGGGGCAAAUGGUGCAAGGUACAAAGUACAUACUUCCAAACAACACAAAGAAGAAAUUAAUGGAUAAAUUCAAAAUUUUGGCCGCAGAGACAAAACGUCUCAAGGAAAUUCAAUCCAAUGAUGGGGCAAAGGGAGGGAGUUCCGAUGAAGCACCGAAAGAUGUUGCAAAGGUAAAUGUUCCCAAAGAUCCCAAAGAGAAGCAGCAGCAAGUGCAGGAUGGGACCAUAUCAGGAGGACAAGCUGAAAAGACGCAUAAUUCCUACAAAUCACCGCUGGAUCAUAUGAAUUCCAAACCAACUGCCAAUCCGGACGCUGUGGUGUGUCCUUUUGAUCUCAUGGGUAAAUGCGAGGAUCCCGAGUGCCGCUUUAGCCAUUUGAAUGGUAUUGGACAGACUUCAGGUAGAUGAUGAGAGCGCGUGAUGUGCCGAGGUAAGUCCUUUUUACCAAAUUCUAUUCACAACAAAAAAUCUUCCCCAAAAAAAGAAGAAUAAAUUCCUAUUAAAUGAAAAUUGAAGAGAUGGUCCGUUGGAGGACAAUAAAAUUCGUUAAAAAAAAUAAAAGACUUCUAACUUUUAAGUGAAGCGUGAAGAUCGUACAAAAAGUGAACCAUUUCUUACAUUUUCUUUUUAACAAAAAAAAAAUACCUUAAUAUUAAUUUUUGGAAAUAUUUUAAGUGAAGUUGAAGUAGAAUAAGAAUAUUUUUUUGAUGAAGACCAUUGUUACCAAAAAAAAAGAAGAGAUUUUAUCGAAAAUAAAGAAGAAAUGAAAGGAAGAGAAAA